GCUUGCGGUGUUUGAAGAUCAGCGAACGCGCAGACACGCCUGAACGCAAAUCGCGUCGGCACUUCCUGAUAUAAGCUUGCUCCUCUGAUUGUGUCAUGCAACGGGGCAUACGCUCGCUCUCACAACAAGCCGAACAAAGAUCUUUCUGGCCGUCUUCCCCGUUUCCCCCAGAGCUGUUGAAGAAACGACGUUUUCAGACAGGCUGUAACCUUGGCAAACAAAAUGGACUACAGGAGUGCCUUGGAGGAGUAUAAAGAGAUGGCUCUACUGUACAUAGAGGAGGCUCGGCGCUUCGUGAAUUCUCAGUGUGCUGGUCUGGAGCCAUGGCAGAUCAUUGCAACCACUUUGCUGUUCACACUUGGUGUGGUGUGGCUAAAGGGCUUCCUUUUCCAACCAGAGAGUCUGACGUCAAGGGUAAAGAAGCAGUUCUUUAAAAUCAUCAGAAAAAUCCCCUUUAUUGGAGCAGCGAUUCAAGAUCAGCUCAACAAGGCAUUGGAUGACAUGUCAGUGAGUCUGUGCACGCUGAAGGAAGGCAUGAGCUACACCAAACUCCUGCCUGCGCAGGGCCUCACCCACAAACAGCUCCUUGACAAGAUCAGGGAGUAUGAGACACUGAGUGAGGUAGACUGGGCAAAAGGCAAAGUGUCCGGUGCAGUCUACUGGGGGGAUGAGAAGCUCACAGAUCUCCUGGUGAAGGUGUAUGGGGAGUUUGCCUGGUCCAACCCCCUCCACCCAGACCUGUUCCCUGGGGUUAGGAAGAUGGAGGCAGAAGUGGUGCGGAUGACGUGUGCCCUCUUUAAUGGAGGCCCAGACUCCUGUGGCACAGUUACUUCAGGUGGAACAGAAAGCAUCUUGAUGGCAUGCAAGGCCUACAGAGACAUGGCUCAUGAACGUGGCAUUAAACACCCAGAGAUUAUUGCACCACUGAGCGUCCAUGCAGCGUUUGACAAAGCAGCACAUUAUUUUGGGAUGAAGCUCAUUCACAUACCUCUAGACAAGAAGACCAUGAAAGUCGAUGUGAAGGCAAUGAGGAGGGCCAUCUCUAGAAACACAGCAAUGCUGGUGUGUUCAGCACCUCAGUUCCCCCAUGGAAUUAUUGACCCUAUAGUAGAAGUGGCGAAGCUUGCAGUGAAAUACAACAUCCCAUUCCAUGUGGAUGCAUGUUUGGGAGGGUUCCUAAUAGUUUUUAUGGAAAAGGCGGGUUUCAAACUUGAUCCUUUUGAUUUCCGGGUCAAAGGUGUGACCAGUAUCUCAGCAGAUACACAUAAGUAUGGUUAUGCUCCCAAAGGUUCCUCAGUGGUGCUAUACAGUGAGAAGAAGUAUCGCCACUACCAGUAUUUCGUAGCACCUGAUUGGCAGGGAGGAAUUUAUGCGUCUCCGUCCAUGGCUGGCUCUCGGCCUGGAGGCAUAAUUGCUGCCUGUUGGGCUACUAUGAUGCACAUGGGUGAGAAGGGAUAUGUUGAAGCCACCAAGAAAGUUGUUGAGACAGCCCGUAAAAUCAAAGCAGGAAUCCGUCAAAUUGAUGGGGUGUUUGUAUUCGGGGACCCAGAAGUGUCUGUGGUGGCACUAGGCUCUGAUGUUUUUGACAUCUUUCGCUUAUCUAAUGCACUGACUUCAAAGAGCUGGAAUCUCAACACUCUGCAGUUUCCAUCUAGCAUCCAUAUUUGUGUCACAAUGCUACACACACAGCCUGGUGUAGCGGAGCAGUUCAUCAGCGAUGUGAAGAGAGAAGUAGCCAUUAUCAUGAAGAAUCCUAAAGAGAAGACUACGGGAAUGGGAGCCAUCUAUGGUAUGGCCCAGUCCAUUCCUGACCGAUCGAUGGUGACUGAGGUCUCACAGGGCUUUCUGGACUGCCUCUAUAGCACUGAGGUUCCCAAGAUACAGAGCAAGCAGCACAAAAACCAUAAGAACCACUUGAAUGGCAACUCCAAAGCGCACUGAGAUUGACUGUUGGGGAUCUCCACCCUUAGCUGGCUGAAGGGAUGUUUACCACAAUCUAAUCAUUCAUUUGCUUUAUUAAGUCCUCUAUUUACAACUAACUAUUUUAUGUAUAAGCCAUCGUCACCUGACAUUUUGGGAUUUGUGACUAAAGAGCGACAGUCUGUAAGGCUAUAGAGACAGCUGCACAAACAUUUGUGAGUCUGUGAAGGGUCUGGGACUUAUUCAUUUAAUUUUGGUGACCAGUGAGUGCAGUUUUACUUGUGUCAUUUUUAUGACCAGUUCACCCCAUAUGUGUUUAAUUGCAUUUCAGCUGUUGUCUUUGGAAGUGUCUUCUGCCACUCAGGAUACCAGGGCAUAAUGUUGACGCAUUGAUUUUACAUUUGACAUGUUAUUGAAAUAAUGCAGAUUAGACCAAAACCCAUAAUACUAUCGACAUGGAUAAGCCAUGGGUGUUAUUAUUUUAAAUAUUCCCAUUCUCUCCUCUUCUCUCACAAUAGAAACUAGAAAACAUCGCAGACCAUUUUAUGAUGGUAGUACUGCUCAGGCGAACCGGUCUAGCAAAUGUAUACGGUAAUUGUAACUAUUUAUUUGAAAUUCCCCAUAACUUGGAUACAUUUGAUUUAAUCCAAUUUCAAAACAUUCAUCCUAAUUUAAGAGAAAAUGUUUCUGAUUUUAAGUUACCUAUGGAAAAUGAAAUCCGGGCAAAAUGUAACAAUUCUACAGACCAGGUUGUGAAGAUUAACCAUAUUUCCAGGUUCAAAUUCCCAUCCGUUUGGGUUUUCAAUUAUCACGUUUCACCCUAUCUACCUCAGAUCUAAAAUUUAAAAGUAAUCAUUAGUGGUUUCCAAAUCCAAAUUCAGAAAAAUGUCACGUAAGUGGGCGUUUUGAUCAUCUGUCAAUGUCAUGCUCCAGGUUAUGGUACUCACUGACAAUGGUUUUCAAAGACCGAUCAAGAUUCAUGAGUCUUUCUUUUUUUGUGUUGUAUUUGUUUGGGAUCUUAACUCAACUGAAUGAAACCUAAGGCCUGGAACAGCAAGAAGGGAAAUUAAUUUUUUGUGCACGCAGUCUGUGAUAUGAGGAAGUGAUGACAUGGUACCAUGGAAACAUCACACCAGCUCUUCUCAGCAGCGUAAUCCCUUAAGCACUAUAAAAAAAAUAAUAUGUGUGACCACUGUGUGUGUUUUUAUAUUUUAAAUCCCUAAUAUAAUGUCUCAUAUUUCAAUGUGUGUGGGUUUUUUUUUUUUUUUUUUUUUUUAAUUCAGUAAUUUCCAUGUACUUUUUUUAACCUCUUUUUGGGGUGCUUCAAGUAGGAUGUAGGACCGUUUUCUUCUGUAUGAUACCAGUGUAGUACAGUAUAAUCUCAAGAACUGUAACAUGCCUUAGGCUAGGACAUAGAUGUGGAAGUUUGUCUUUAAACGGUUACCCUUCUUGCCUAAAAUAAGCAUUUCAAUGUCUUUAUGCAAUACUCUGUAACUACUGUAACUGUGGCACCUUGAUCUGAAUUUUUGAAGCAUUACAUGACCUCUACGGUUCUGGUUGUAUAAAGCACAAAACUAACAGCAUUCACCUAAAUGCCUUCCACUGACGUCAGGGUGUGUGCUAUUAGGUUAACACAGUAGCUACAUCAGCCUCAGGGACUGGGCCUUUACCACAUCAUGCAAUCCAUUUCAGUUUUGUCCUGUGCUUUUGUUGUUCCUGUAUAAAUCAAUAAACUUUGUCUUGAAAUAAA